AUGCCUCACCAAGUCCCCCCCUCUACUGGCCGCAACGAGCAAUCGACUGGAACUCGACCUACUGGCUCCGCCGGCUACGCAUCAAUAGAAGCCCUGGCCACAACAGAAGACAACGCCAGCGGGCGAGUUUUUGGUACAGGCACCGGCGGCACGGUCACAGCUCCGGGGUAUUCGUCCGGCCUGAAUUCGGACGUCCUGCAGAGCGCGGAGAGCGAUCGUGCCAUGAGCAAGGAGGAGGCCGAGAGGAUGUACGAGGAGCGUAUGGAAGAUGAAUAUGCGAAGAGGGAGGGUGGUGCUUAA